AUGGUGCGUCCCCCUGGGAGGAGGGUGCUGGCCUGGGCUGCCCUGCUGCUUCUCUGGGGCAUCUGGCUCCUGGGGACUGGAGCCUGGUAUUUCCAGCAGGAGCAGGAGGAUGACUGGAAUGAGGUGGCACUCUAUUUCCCCCCCACCAUGGAGUUCGCCUAGCACACAUUCAACCAGGAGCACAAAGACGAGUAUGCCUACCGGGUGGAGCACCUCCUGAAUGUCCGGAGGGAGCAGGCGAGAGAACACUGCGUCAUCCCUGUCCCCUGCACCGAGCUCGGCCUCACCAAGCCACUGCCCUCUGCUCAUCACCCCUGCCUGGAGAAGGUCCCCUGGCUGUCACCUCCCACUGUGAACAUGGCAUUCUUCAUGACGCUGCAGCUGGGCAGAACCAAAUGCAAGAAGUUCCAGGAUGACCUCGACAACUGCCGCUUCCAGGAGAGCCCCGAACCCAGCAAUAUCGUCACCUGCACCUUCAACGUGAGCACCCUGCCCUGGACCACAGAGUUCCAACUCUUGAACAAGAACUGCUCUGAGGGCCCCCACUGAUACCUCCAAGCCUGGCCUCACCAUUCACUUCUGGGGACACCAGCACUUCCCAUGUGGCUCCUCGGGACCUAGCUGCUCCAAGAUUUCUGUUUCCCUCUUUUUCCAAAAGUGCAGGCUCCUGUUCUCGCGUUUAAAAUUCCUCCUUGUCCACUGUCAUAGCAGAGGACUCAUUAAAGUUUGCUCAUAGAGACUGUCUGUGUCUUGUCGGGGGCUCCGGGAGGUGGACCCCUCUUGGGCACUCUGAAGAGGGGUCCUCCCCUCCUUGUCUCCUCAGCCACCUCUAGGGACACAGCCAAAGUGCCCCUGAGCACCUGUC